GUAUGUGCCGAUUGUUAUCGCUAUUGUAAUGAUAUCCUGUUGUCUGAAUGUCAUAUUUCUCGAAGCAAUUAUCAGACAAUCCCCGGGCAGUGGAAAUCUCAUAACUUUUGCUCAGUUUUUAUUUAUAGCAAUUGAAGGAUUUAUAUUUACCACCAAUUUUUGUACUAAAAAUCCUGUAAUACCUAUUAGAAAAUAUCUAACAUUAGUAAUAUUCUUCUUUUUGGUGAACGUGUCCAACAACUAUGCGCUCAACUUUAAGAUAUCGGUUCCCUUGCAUAUCAUAUUCAGAUCCGGCUCAUUGAUGGCUAACAUGGUGUUGGGUAUUAUGAUACUUAAGCGACAAUACACUACAUGCAAGUAUCUAUCCGUAGCCAUCAUUACCAUUGGCAUCAUAAUGGCUACAAUGGCUUCGUCGUCRUCAUCGCCAAAACUGAGCACCAGUGCCAAAGAUAGUGCCAAAUUGUCUACCGGUUCCCAUAUAUCAGGUCCCGAAGCUGCAGCUUUUAUCAAGCGUCACACAGCAGCUUAUGAUUAUACGAUAGGCAUAUCAUUGUUAUCAUUUGCGCUGAUAAUGUCGGCCCGUAUGGGCAUCUUUCAGGAGGUGCUGUUUACAACAUACGGUAAAUAUCCGAAAGAGGCUGUCUUUUAUCAGCACGCCCUAUCGCUACCCGGUUUUAUACUUAUGAUACCUGACAUAUACAAUCAAAUGGUGAUAUUUAAUGAUUCCGAACCAACAUUUUUAAACAUACCGUGCCUUUGGUUAUACCUUAUAAUUAAUAUGAUUACACAAUAUUUUUGUAUAAUGUAUGUCAUGGUAUUGAUGAGUGAAUGCACKUCCCUAACGGUGACACUGGUAUUAACCAUCCGAAAGUUUAUAUCACUGAUUAUAUCAAUAUUUUAUUUUCAAAAUCCAUUUACAACUGUCCACUGGUUUGCCACACUAUUGGUGUUUAGCGGUUCACUAUUAUUCAUGGAUCUUCCGAUUGUCAACCAAUUUAUCUUCCGAGUGACCACUGCUGUGACCACUGGCUUUCGUUAUCGUCRACUGGAAAAUGUGAUAACAAUUAAUCCUGAAUUACGURAAUCUGAUAAAUCAUCUGAAAGUGAAUCUUAA